AUGACUGCCAUCGACGGGUCUCACAACGGAUGGAGGCACUUGGUUCUCCCAUUCGCCAGGGGUGACAGGCUGGUCCUCGACGCAGUACUUACGGUUUCUGCUUUUCACAUCUGGUUAAACAGAAAUCCUGCGGCUGAAUUUCACUCCCCUGGGGACAUGACGAGUGCGAGUCUUCAAGCUCCAGAUCCAAACCAGCUGUACAGGCGCGUCAUCUCGGGUCUACAGCAACAGCGUGAACUUGAAAGCUGUAGUGCUGAACGGAAACAUUCCAUCUUGAUUACCAUCCUCGUCCUUCACGUCAGUGUCAUGGUAACUGGCCGUUCAGAUUUCCCCAUGCUAUUUCGCAUGCUUGAGUCAGCGCUUGCUGCUAUGGGGGGAUGUGAGGCACUUGGGGGCGGUGAGGUUGCUGACUUCAUCUUGCCAGAAGUAGCCAAAUUACGCCUCUAUGCAGCACCGCUUCUCAGCGAGGAAUCUGGCCUCGAAGUUGUCUCAUCACAGGAGCAUGCUACUCGACUAUUUAAUUGCUUAACCCAUCACGUAUCGGCGUAUCCAGAACAUAGCGCCUCCUUCGCGUUCAUCACGGACCUUGUUCAGCAAGCGAUCAACAUGUACCUCACCUCGUCGCGUUUGGAAGCACCUUCGGCUCUCGACAUUGCUGAUUCCAUUACCCGGGUCGAACACUUCAAAGAAACCCUGGAAGCCUUCCCCUUGGGAGCACCUGGAGAGCAGGUGAUGGUCUGGGCAUCCUUCGUGGCUGCAGCCAGCUCCCUUCUCGAUGAACACAUGGAAUUCUUUGAGCAUGUUUUCAUGAGGCACUACAUGAGGAGCGGGUUCUCUAAUUUGGUCUCGGGGCUCGAGGCUCUUCGAAAGAUUUGGUCAAGGAAGCCCGAUGAAAGAUGGACAUUGCUUAUGGCUGGCGUACACAUUCUCGUCAUGUAA